AUGACAACUGAAGUCGAUUCCUCUAAGAUGCUGAAUGGUAAAAGCUUUGCCAAUUCAGGUUCCUCCAGUGAACCACUACAGAAUGAUACCACCGAUACACAUUCGCCCAUACUCAACGGUAAAAUGAGUCAAGGCGCAACACAGGAGAAUCCUCAAUUGAAGAGUCCGAUCCCAUCCACUACAAACGUCACAUACACCGCAGAUGAUGAUAUAAUACAGAACCAGGGACUUGUACCGCCCCCCAUCCCACAUGUCGAGACCAACCAAGUUUCACUGGCCUUGAUAGUGAGGAAUCUAACCAUCUUCACGAUAAAGGAGAUCUCACAAUAUAUGAAGACAAACAUUCAUGUUAAUCCAUCUGAAGGUUCUUCCACCAAGAAGCUAGCUUUUCUUAAAUUGAUUAUUUUUUUGAGGAACCAGUUUUUGAAACUUUAUGUUCUGAUUAAAUGGUGCAAAACUAUUAAAAAUAACAAUUUCCAUGUCAUGAUUGAUCUUUUAAAUUGGUUUAGAACGACCACUAUGGCUGUGAAUGGAUGUAUAUGGGCACUUAGGGGAAACUUGACCUCUAUGACGAACGCAAAGUUACCUAACGUGGAUUUAGUUAGUGCAUUGGAAGUGUUAAGUCUUGGAAGAACUAAUUUACCAUCGCAUAAUUUUAAACUAAGUGCUGAAAUGGAUCCGCUGGUUAAGAUUCCACCUGAUUUGAUAUUGAAAAAAUUGAAAGAUCUAAAUUUAAUGGUAUCCAUUAAAGUUGCCAUGAUGGACCUUCCAAGGCAGUUUCAUAAUUAUUACAUUGCUAAUGGGAGAAUAUAUAUAAAAGUGGAAAAUGAAUUUGAAAUCCAACUUUCAACUAUUGAUCGUCAUUCGCCCUUAUUCUUUGUGGAUGUUAAUCUGUUGUUAUCAUUUAAUGAAAAGGAAAUUAUUUUACCAUUAAAUAAACAACGUCUGGAAAAAUUGAUUAAUGAAAUCCUUUUCAAGAGUAAUAAACCUCUUUUCGCCCUAUACGAUUUUCUUCAUAAAUAUGUUAUCACAUUGCAAUUGUAUUCAUUGCAUUUGGAGUUAAUUACCCUUGAAACUAAUGGGAAAUUUUCAGGUGGAAAUUUAGUUCAUUCAUAUGAUCCCAAAAAAUGCAUAAUUUCUAUUAGAUAUUGGUUAAACAGUAAGAUGGGUAAUAAGGGGAAAAUAAUGAUUGGUAUUGGUCGAGAGAGUGAGAAUUUAAUAUUAAAAUGGGAUAAUAAAAAUGCAAUAAAUAAUAAGAGAAUGACUACCGUUUACAAUAAUAUAGUCACCAACUUGGAAGCCAUAUUCGAUGAAAUUAUGUUUAAUCAUUGCCAAUUGAUUAGAUCUGAUCUUUUAUCAAAAGGUGUCUUUCAGGAGGAUGAAGAAGACCAAGAUGUUUUGCUUUUCGAAAUUCCUACAACUUGCCUUACGAUGGCGGCAGUGCAAUUGAAAAUUGAUUUAAUAAAUGGUAUCUUUUAUUUUAAGAACCCAACACCUCUUUUGUCUACUUAUGUGCAACAAAUUAAUAGGGCAGACUCCAUAGAGGAUCUGACCAGAGUUCUUCAAAAAUUAAAACUGGAUAAGAUUAUAUCAAUUCUUCGCAACAUGUUUGAAAAGACGGGAUGGGUUUGUAGUAAGGUGAUUAGACUGGAGAAGCGAAUAAAGACAACACUGAAUGACAUUGAUUCUAAGUCAUUAUUACAACAAGACUUAUUCAUAUGCUUGCCCAAUUGGCCUGUUAAUUGGUACUUAAUUCUAUCUGUAAUUUCAUCCAAAUCGUCAUGCAUGGUAGAAAAGAGAAUUGGUAAAGUAGUUUCUCUGAAGGGUAAAUGGGAAUUAACAUAUUUGGAUAACACCAAUACAUCUACUGCUAAAUUGGAAACUAUCACAUAUCAAAAAGUAGUUUCCUUACAGAAGAGCAUUUUGCAUAGAAUUGUUAACCAUAUGCUAAUUGAUUCAUUAAAUCAAUUAAAAAUCCGUAAUAGAAUUUGUCCAAGCGAUUCCUCGAAUUCAUUGCUUCCAGAGUGUAUCAUAAACGAUUCUACAAAUAUGCCAACCAAAGAUUCUCCAACUUCCGCCACAAAACAAGAAUCAGAGGGGACAACUUUAUCAGAGGCAGACACUGCUGCAUUAGUUGGAGAUCCUGGUGAUGCACAAGUAAAUACAGGAGGGGAAUGUACGUCUGUAAUAGCAUUAGAAUUGGAGUCAUUCUUGGAAGGUUCCAAGGCAUUAAGCAGUAUACUUGAAAGUUCCAUGUUUUUAAGAAUUGAUUACACUCAUUCCGAGAUCAGGUUAUAUGGAAGAUUUAAAAGAAACACAAUGUUGAUCCAAUGUAAAUGCGAUGAUUUAUUAAUUCAUUUUAUCCCAGAUGGAUCCUUGACAUUUUUCUUUAGUGAGAAUUUUACCACAUUAAGUCUUAUUGUCCAAUAUUUGACUUCAUUCAGACAAAAAUUAAUGCAGUUAGUUGUUCUUACAGACGUGGUAGAAAGACUACAUAAGAAUUUUGCUUCUGAAUAUUUCAAAAUUGUCUCACUAAAGGUCAAUGAAAUUUCAUUUAAGUAUUUGAAGAAUAGCCAAGAUGAACAAGAUUGUAUUAUUAAUAUUAUUACUAAAAAGCAAAUGGUGAAGAAUUUAACGGUUCAAUUGGCAGCAUCCAAUCCACAACAUAUUAUACAACCAUUCAUUGAUUCUGGCCGUUUAGAUUAUCAUUUCAUUUUCAAUUACUUGCAGUUUACAUCCACAUUGUUUGCUACAUUAAAGCAUAUACUUACCGAGAGUAAUCCUAAUAAGAAUGAAGAUGGUUCAAUUAGGUACACUACAGUCAACUUAGGACUUCACAAUCUAAAUGAAUAUCAAUUGGUUUAUUGCAAUCGUGAAGCUGGAACUAAAAUUACCCUUUACAUUGAAUUAAAGAAUGUAACCCACAAUACGGGGAAGAGCUUACAAUUUUACAUUCAUUUCUCCAAAGAUGAGCAUAUUACCACCAAAUCAAGAGCAUACCCAAUGGUUCAUCAAGUCUGCAACCAAGUCUUUAUGCUUGAUCCUAAAUUGAUCAGCAUGGAUAAGAGUAAUUCAGAUAUGAAGAACGAGUGCAAAUACCCUGAUGCCAUCAAAUUAGUUAAUGGUAUUUCCUGUAACUCUGAAGACAUCGAGCCUAUAUUAAUGGAUAUUCAUGACAUUUUGAAAGUAGAUAGCAAUGUGGGGAAUAAUGACAAUGGCUCUGAGUUGUUGCCAACUCUUUGA